AUGGCAAAGUCGAGGUUUGAAUAUGUCAGAGAAUUUGAAACACACGAUGUUUUGUUGCCGCAGACUUAUAUAGUGGUGCGUAUUGACGGUAAAAAGUUCCAUGAAUUCUCGAAACACUACAAUUUCGAUAAACCAAAUGAUAUCAGAGCACUUAAACUGAUGAAUGCAUGUGCUAAGAAUAUUAUCUUGAAAUAUCGUAACGAUCUUAUUUUAGCAUACGGUGAAAGUGAUGAAUAUUCCUUUAUUUUGAAGUCAGACACAACUUUAUUCAAUAGAAGACGAGAUAAGAUUUCCUCAUUGUUUGUUUCCAUAUUCACUUCGAACUAUGUGGCCUUGUGGCCAAAAUUUUUCAGUGAUCUCCCAUUAGAUAUAAAACAUUUACCUUGUUUUGACUCUCGGUGUGUCGUGCACCCAAAUUUACAAAGCGUCAAAGAUUAUUUGAGUUGGAGAUACGUUGACACGCACAUUAAUAACCUAUAUAACACUACAUUCUGGAAGCUAAUUCAGAAUUGUGGUAUGACACCACAGGAGUCUGAAAAUAGGCUUUCAGGGACUUUGAGUAGUGACAAGCAAGAGAUUUUAUUCAAGGAUUGUGGUAUAAAUUAUAACAAUGAACCAGAAAUGUUCAAAAAAGGUUCUCUAAUUACGAAUAAAGGUGAAAUUUUACAUAUUGACGUUAUCAAAAGUUUGGAUAAAAUAUUUGAAGGAUUUUAG